CCAUUCGCGAAAAGGGGGAGGGAGAGAGAGCGUGUCUCAACCUUGCCAAGGAAGAUCCCUCCGCUUACUUCCAUUCUGAACCCAAUCAACUGUAUCAUUUGCCUAAUACUAUGACUCUUUCAUAAAUUUCCAGGCAAAUAGUUUCAGUUCUCGAGAGUCCAAUAUCCAAUAUUUAAAUUAUCCCGGAGAAGGCGUCGUCAUCUACCGCUUGUAUAUCCUCUGGACAAAGUUUCGAGGCUCGUAUCAACCUGAUCACAAUCAUGGCACCCUCAAAAUCCCUCCCUCCAGCAGCCAAACAGCAGCUAAUUCUCAACCACCUCCGCGCAUCACGUACAUGCCACACGCUCAAAGAUCUUGAGAAAUGUCUCCCUUCCGUCGCGUCCAUAAACGGCAUGCAAGUGAAGGACUACAUCCAAGCCCUAACCGACGACGGCAAGUUACACGUCGAGAAGAUCGGAAGCGGGAAUUGGUACUGGGCAUGGGCGGGGGAGGAGCUAAAGGAGAAGGAAAAAGCUAAGCAUGGCCUCGUGAAAGAACUGGAGAAACUGAAGAGAGCUGUGGCGGAGCUGGAGGAGAAGAAGAAAGUGGCGCUUAGUGAGAUUGGGGGCUGUGAAGGGGAUGAGGAUAGGGAGAGGGGGGAGUUGAUGAGUAGGAAGGUGGAUGGGGAGGCGGAGGUAGCAUGUUUGAGGGCAGAGGAGGAGAGGUACUUGAAUGGGGCCGCUGGUGGCGGGAUUGAGAUGAAGGAGGCGGAUAUUAAGAGGUGGAAGGAGGAAGCGGAGAUGUGGACGGAUAAUAUUUAUGUGCUGGAAGAGUAUCUGGGGAAGCUGGCAGGGGGUGAUAGAGAGAUCGUAGAGUCUGUGAAGAGGGAGUGUUAUGGCCAGGAAUAUGUGGAAGGGGAAGGGUUGAGGGAAUUACAAUUUUAAUGCAUGUACGCUUGCUUGCAAAGGUGUGUUGAAGGUUCAAUGAUCACGCAAAUGAUAUAUAUAAUGGCUGAGUUACUUCGAUUUUACGUCAUUAUUUCCCCCAUCGGAUAGGUUUAAAGCUAGGGAAAGAAAGUACCAGCUUUUCAACCAUUGCCUGGGUAUGGAAGUGCCUUGUAUCAUUGAAAUUGCCAAAGCCUCACCUCUCACCAAUUCUUCGCUGAUUUCAAUAUAAGAGCUGAGCCACCAGCUAAUACCGUUUGAACCAAGCUACCAGAUACUGAUGUGUUGAAUGGCAGGGGGCUAAGUGAUCCGGCUACCUUCCUCAGAGCUCAAUUUCCCAGCAGUAGAUAACAAUUGCCGUCCCAAUCCUUUGUAAUAGCAACUCAUGCUAUAGCAACCCUGGGGCCAAACUGUAGGAUAGUUGAAGGUUGUAUUGAUAGAUCUAUCUACAAGAACAUAAUAUAGUGGUGGGUCACGUGAUCUAGUGAGAUCACUAACCGCAACAGCUGUAACAGCCAACACCCCCUCUCAAGAUAACAAGAAUCACAUACAAAAACACCCAAAUCACCAAGAUAGUCUGUCAAAACCAAAUACAAAUGUAAAAU